AUGUCCGCACACCUCGAAUCCCUUGUCUUGUCCCUGGUUCCUCGCGCUCGUCAAGAUGAUGUCUUGAAGCGCCAGCUUGUGGCCCACUGUGAAGAGAUCUUGAGUAGUCAUAUCGGGCAUUCUGUGGAGAAGGACAUAGGGCAUCUGUCGGAUUUGAUAAAGCGUCACCUUUUACAGACCAACACCUCUGGAGGCUCGAGUCCUCUCCGAUUCACGAACCUCUUAUCGAGGCUACUUGAACAGAAAGCAUGCCUCCCUGCAAUUCCUAUACUCGCUCGCUCUACUCCCACUCCAACUCCACUAUCUUCCACCUUCCUUCCCUCUCUCGCGCCCCCACCGCCAUCAAUACCUUCUUCGAAGGCGACUACACCCAUUGAUGCGCGGUCACCACAUCCCGGACCCCGAGGCAGGAGCAAGGCUGAUCUCCUUCUGCAAUACAGGCGACAGAUAGGCCAGUCUCACAUUCCUGAACACCUCAUUCUACGUGACACGUUGUAUCUACUGCAAGGGAUUUCUGGCAAGUAUGUCGAAUUUUCCGUCAGCAAAGAUGCGGAACAGAACAAGGAGCUCGUAUUCGCAGAGGAUCCGCAGUAUCACAUACCGCCACCUACUAGAGCCUUAAUCCUCCGACUUGCCGAGGUUGGCCACUUGUACCAGCGAGUCGACUCGUUCGUGCGCGAGCGUGAGGGAAAAGUUGGGGUCGGGAUGAUUGAGCAGAGCCUCUGUCAUCACCUUCAAUCACAACUCACCGAAUACUAUAAACUCAUUGCCAUCCUGGAGUCACAAAUGUCAACUUCCCAUCCGGUGGAUGACGGACGUCCAAAUGGUGUCGACGAAGAGCGGACUGGGGAAGAGGAGACCGGGCUUACGCUCAAACGACUCGACGUCUGGAUCGAGGACUGGAGGCUACGGAUGCGUAUGAUGAGUGUUUGCGUUGAAGGCGCGAAAGAUGCCCAUGGAGGCGCCCUAGUGAACUUGAUUCACGGCUAUGCAGAGAACGGCGAUCCAUUUAUUCGCAAAUUUACCAACCAGUUACUAGAAGAGGUCUCAAAACCUUUUUUCGCGACGUUGCAUAGAUGGCUGUUUUCCGGAGAACUCGCAGAUCCGUUCUCCGAAUUCUUCGUUGCCGUCGACCCUGAUCUCGCGCAUCUACAGUAUAUGCAGCCAUCUUUGCAAGGCAUUGGUCAAUUAGCCAACGAUGGUGGGUUCGGUGGAGGUGAUAUGGAAGACACCUCAGAAGAGCACGCGGGCGGUCUUCAGCUCUGGGAACAGAAAUACCGUUUUCAGAAGGAUAUGCUCCCUGCGUUCGUCGGGGAAACAUUUGGUCGCAAGAUUUUUUCUACUGGCAAGAGUUUGAACUUCAUCCGAUAUAGUUGCCACGAUAGCGACUGGGUAGCUACAAGAGAAAGGUUGAGCAACACUGGCGGCACCCUACAAUAUAGUGACAUUGUAGGACUAGAGCGUUCCAUCGACAACGCGUACCAGAUUGCCAGCCAACGCCUCUUUGACGUGUUUUUCGACAAAUAUCGACUACUCGACCACCUUAUGGCGUAUAAGAACUACCUCUUGCUCGGAUACGGAGACUUCGCUGAACAGCUUAUGGAUACCCUGGGACCAAGCUUGUCACGGCCAGCAAAUGCUCUCUAUCGCCAUAACCUCACCGCCACGCUUGAGUCCGCCCUUCGCUCAACAAACGCACAGAACGAUCCGCCGGACGUGCUUCGCAGGCUCGACGCACGUAUGCUCGAGUACUCGCACGGGGAGAUCGGAUGGGACGUUUUCACGCUAGAAUACAAGGUUGACGCACCGAUUGACACGGUACUCGAUCCCGCCGCGAUUGUCAAGUAUCUCAAACUGUUCCACCAUCUAUGGAAAGUCAAGCGCAUUUCGAGCACGCUCAACAGCACAUGGAUGCGAGUUGCGGGUGGGGCGAAGACCUUCCUCCGUGUACCCGAGCUAGAGUACGACUGGCACCAGAUACGCCUUGUGAUGGCUGAGAUGGUGCACUUCAUACGCCAGCUUGAGACUUACUGCCAUCUCGAGGUCAUCGAAUGCUCUUGGCAAGACCUCUUCCAGUUCAUUCAAAAGAAAGAGGGUGACCUCGAUGCCCUGAUCGAGAACCAUCGCGCAUAUCUCGACCGCAUGGUCAAGAAGGUACUCUUACUCAGUCCAAAGGCCGGUCGAGAAGAGAACAUGCUCAAUCAUGUCCGGGAAGUCUUCACACUGAUCUUACAGUUCCGUGAGGCUGCGGAUGACCUGUACAACUACUGUCUUUCUGAGUCGGCACGGAGGGAUGCGGAGAAAGAUACUGCGAGAGGCGUUUACACGCGCGUCGAUCCCAACGCUGGCCGCUAUACCCAAGAAUCACUCCCGGAUAUCCUUUCUCGCGUCAAGGACUACGGCUCAGCAUUCUCAGAGCGUGUUCAGACGAUCGUACAGGGUCUGGCCACACAUCCCGAUCUCGACUGUCGCUUCUUGGGGAUACGGCUUUCUUUCUCAGACUUCUACAAGACGAAGAAGGACCAGCCGCAGCGGGCUUGA